CAGGUCGCGUACAGUUUAAGAAUCACAUGUGUGUCUCCGCUUUAAUUUUUUAAUUCGAAGUGCCAGUAUAACUUCGCCUAUCAAAUAACGUUAGCCUAUUGCAUUUAUUCUUUGCCGUAGAAACUUAGGCAAUAUGAAACGUAUUUGCUGUUUCGGUUUUGCUUGUGUUGUUGGUUUGCUUGGUCUUGCAUCGGCCGUGAUAGCACUUGCAACAAAUUACUGGUUUUUGGUUGAAACCAGUACCGAUAAUACAACAGCCAUUGAUGUGGUCUCUAUGUACCAAUACCCAUACCGUGUUGGUAUUUGGUUGACGUGUUAUGAAGACAAGAUACCAGAUUCAGUUAACCCUGAAAAACUGAUCAGCGGCCAGUGUGUGUUAGAUUACGAUUUCCAACUCCAAAGAACAGAAGAUUUUGCCCGGACAAGCGCCGUAAGCUUGGUCCUAGCAUGUGGUAUUAUGUUUGUUGCCAGUAUAAUGGGCUUGACGGGUUGCAUCUGCAGACGAAGUACUCCAAUACUAAUAAGUGGACUGUUUACGUACGUAUCAGGUAUUUGUACUUUGGUAGCUAUGUGUAGUUUCAUUGGACGUAUAGUUACUGGACAAAGCGACCUUAAACCGUACGAUAAUAUAUCAACAAAAUUCGGCUGGUCGUUUUUUCUCGGUUGGGUUUCUCUUGCUCUACAAGUCGUUUCUGCGUCUUUGCUUGUUGGUGGAGCCAAAGGAUGUGGUAGCACCAUGAAAAGUGGAAACAAUUUCGCAUAAAAUGAACCUUAUGAAAUCAAAGCUUCAACGACGGUUAAACCCUUUUAAAUCGCUAUUUUAAAGCCGAUAUUUUUAGGUCGCAAUUUAAGCCGCAUUUAUAGCCGAAACAUUAUACGCGAAUUUUCGCCUCAAGUUUGAACCGCUUUUAGGCCGAAAAUGUCCUAUUGCCGCAUAAAAUCUUUAAGUCUAACUUUUAACCGACUUUUUUGAACUAGGUAAAUCAAAAAUUUUAUUGUCGGGUUUUUAGGCUGUGGCUUUGUUUAGUAUUGUGGGGAAAGAUGGGACGUCUUUAGCACAUAAAACCCAAAUAUCCUGAUCGCGUUUUAAACAAUUAACAACAGCCUAUGGGAGUCGUGAGAAUACAGUUCUAUAAAUCCUUAAAUUAUCCUUGUUUACUACCAAAUGAAACAAGAAAAUAGUACGAAAAGGUGUCCCAUCUCCCCCACCCUACUAUAUAUUAAGAAUUCGGUAUCCGAAGAAUAACGUCACUCAUGUAUAAAACAUACAGAAAACUAGUUGAUGUUUAAUUUAUUUCGACACUGUUACUGUUUUGGUGUUUUCCUGAUUACCCAACAAAAAUUGCGAAGUUAUAUUUUUGGUAAAGCUGGCACGAGGUGUAUGGAACAGAUUACCCGUGUUAAAAUGACUGUCCUUGCCCCGCCAGACGAGGAUAAAUAAGUUAUAUUUAUUCUUUUGGUCACUGAUAGCCACACCAGUUAAGAACAUUACUCAAAGAAAAACCGUUUUUUUUUCAUGUAAAAUAUUUUAAAAAUAGAUUUUCUCUGCUAAUAGCAACGUAUAACAUCCAAUAUUUUCUACUUCACGAUAAUUUAUAAAAAAAAUUGUCAUUUUAAAAAAUAGUGUUUAUAAGUUAGGUACCUUAAUUUUUAAAAUUCCAGACUGUCUUAAUGUUCCGUUGUAGUCUAUAGAAUAUGUAUGUAUUUUUAGUAGUAUUAUUAUUCCUGUACUAGUAUUGUAUUAUUUAUUUUACUGUACGGUUAUGGCAUGAUAUUUUGCACACAUAUUAGGUAGCCAAUUAAAUAUGAAGUCUUACAUUGAAA